UUGAAUUCUUAAAAGAACACUGAGCUUAUUUCUUCAGGUUCUCCUCUCCUUCUCUGCUCUCCUUCUCUGCUCUUCUUCAUGCCAUAGUCGUUACUAACAGAGUGAAGAGGCAUGGGUUCUGCUGACAUUACGGAACUGGACCAGGGAUUUCUUCAGGAUGAAAGGAGCAAACAACACACAGGAGAUGGUUCCCUUGACUUUAGAUGGAAGCCUGCUAUUAAGCACAACACUGGCAAUUGGAGAGCUUGUCCAUUUAUUCUAGGCAAUGAAUGUUGUGAACGUUUGGCUUUCUUUGGCAUUGCGACAAACCUUGUUACCUAUCUUACCACCAAACUACAUGAAGGAAAUGUCUCUGCUGCGAGAAAUGUCAGCAUCUGGCAAGGAACUUGCUAUCUUACACCUCUCAUUGGAGCUGUUCUGGCAGAUGGUUACUGGGGGAGAUACUGGACAAUUGCUGUUUUCUCUAUGAUUUAUUUCCUUGGGAUGUGUAUCUUGACAGUUUCUGCAUCUGUUCCAUCAUUGAAGCCGGCUGAAUGUUUGGGUUCUGUAUGUCCUCCGGCUAGUCCCGUGCAAUAUUAUCCGCUCUACUUUGGUCUCUAUGUGAUUGCACUUGGGACUGGGGGUGUAAAAGCAUGUGUGCUAUCUUUUGGGGCAGAUCAGUUUGAUGAUACUGAUUCCAAGGAAAGAGCCAAGAAGGCUUCCUUUUUCAACUGGUAUUACUUUUCGAUCAACUUAGGUGCCAUUUUGUCAUGCAGCUUCAUCGUGUGGGUUCAAGAUAAUUCAGGAUGGGGUCUGGGAUUUGGUCUUCCUGCUUUGUUUAUGGGGUUAUCCAUUGGAAUUUUCUUUUCAGGAACUUCUCUAUACAGGUUUCAGAAGCCAAUGGGUAGCCCUAUUACAAGAAUGUGUCAGGUUGUGUUAGCAUCUGUCCGGAAGCAGAAUUUGGUUGUUCCCGAGGAUAGUAGUCUCCUGUAUGAGAUGCCGGACAAGAUAUCCGGAGUGGAAAGAAGUCACAAACUGAUGCAUCAUGAUGAUCUGAGCAUGGCUUCUACUAACGACGACGUUCGAGAACUGGAACAUGGCCUUCUUCAGGAUGAAAGGGGCCAACAAGACACAUUUCUUGAGGAUGAAAGGGGCGAACAACACACCGGAGAUGGUUCUGUUGAUUUUAAAGGGAGGCCUUCUAUUAAGCACAAAACUGGCAAUUGGAAAGCUUGUCCAUUUAUUUUAGGCAAUGAAUGUUGUGAACGUUUGGCUUUCUUUGGCAUUGCAACAAACCUUGUUACCUAUCUUACCACCAAACUACACGAAGGAAACGUCUCUGCUGCGAGAAAUGUCGGUGUCUGGCAAGGAACUUGUUAUCUUACACCUCUCAUUGGAGCUGUUCUUGCUGAUGGUUAUUGGGGGAGAUACUGGACAAUUGCUGUUUUCUCUAUGAUUUAUUUCCUUGGGAUGUGUAUCUUGACUAUUUCUGCAUCGGUUCCAUCUUUGAAGCCAGCCAAGUGUUUGGGUUCGGUGUGUCCUCCGGCUAGUCCUUUGCAAUAUUAUCUGUUCUACUUUGGUCUCUAUGUGAUUGCACUUGGGACUGGUGGUGUAAAAUCAUGCGUGUCGCCUUUUGGGGCAGAUCAGUUUGAUGAAACUGACUCUGAGGGAAGUGCCAAGAAGGCUUCCUUUUUCAACUGGUAUUACUUUUCGAUCGAGCUAGGCGCCAUGGUGUCGUGCACCUUCGUUGUGUGGGUUCAAGAUAAUUUAGGAUGGGGUCUUGGAUUUGGCAUUCCUGCUUUAUUUAUGGGGUUAUCCGUUGGAAGUUUCUUUAUCGGUACCUACCUAUACAGGUUUCAAAAACCAAAGGGGAGUCCUCUUACAAGCAUGUGCCAGGUUUUGUUCGCAUCUGUCCGAAAGCGGAAUUUGGUUGUGCCGGAGGAUAGUAGUCUCCUUUACGAGACACCUGACAAGCAAUCAGGAGUUAAAGAAAGUAACAAACUGAUGCAUCAUGAUGAUAUGAGGUAUUUUGAUAAAGCAGCUGUAGUGGCUGAUUCAGACAACAGAAGUGGUGACCGUUCUAAUCCAUGGAAGCUUUGCACUGUGACCCAAGUGGAAGAAUUGAAAAUCUUGAUUCGCAUGCUUCCAAUUUGGGCUACUGGCAUAAUAUUUUCUGCUGUCUACGCACAGAUGUCAACAUUGUUUGUGGAGCAAGGAACUAUGAUGGACACAUAUAUUGGUUCCUUCAAAUUAUCCCCAGCUUCCCUCUCAACCUUUGAUGUGGUAAGUGUUGUUUUUUGGGUCCCUGUCUAUGACAGGAUACUUGUUCCUAUUGCAAGGAAAAUUACAGGCAGGAAAAUGGGAUUUUCUGUGUUUCAAAGAAUAGGAAUUGGCCAUUUUAUUUCUGUCUUGUGCAUGUUAUCAGCUUCUAUUGUGGAGAUUAAACGACUGCAGCUUGCAAGAAAGCUUGACCUUGUCGAUAAACAUGUCCCCGUACCCCUUAGUGUAUUAUGGCAAAUACCUCAAAAUUUCUUAUUAGGUGCAUCAGAGGUAUUCACACUCAUUGGGCAGAUUGAGUUCUUCUAUGACCAAUCACCAGAUGCUAUGAGGACUUUAUGUAGUGCAUUGCCACUCGUGAGUUUUUCAUUGGGGAAUUACUUGAGCUCUUUCAUGCUUACUGUAGUAACUUAUUUCACCACACGAGGUGGAAAGCCUGGAUGGAUUCCAGAUAACUUGAACGAGGGACAUCUUGAUUACUUUUUUCAACUUAUGUCUGGACUUUGCUUAUUAAAUACAUUAUUGUACAUAAUUGCCGCCAAAAUGUACAAGCAGAAGAAGAGAUCGUAAGAUUUUUCAAGUGUUUAUUGUGCUUAGGAAUGGAAGCAGUUCUCAUAUUUGUUUGUUA